CCAACUCACGCGCAUCUUGAUCUCUUUACUCGGUUCCUACUGUCAUCCACUUCAACUUUAUCAUUCAGCUUGAUGAUAUCCCUCCUGAGCACUCUGAUUCAGUCCCCCAAUAGCAGAGGCUGAAAGUACUAAGCCGGUAAUAAUGGCUGAAAUCAUCAACCAACGAGCGGAAGCAGUCCGCGUAAAGAAUGUUAGGGAUUUGUUUACGUCCUUAAUCUUAGAAUACUAAUAAAAGCAACUAGUCGACGCACCUAUACCAAGCGCCGGGGUUGACCCAGAUGAGCCGCGACAGGGUACGGGGAUGUUAGUUAAGAUGACGCUGACUAUAACGACGACGCCGACUACAACGACGACAACGACGAUAACGACGAUAACGACAAUGACGCGGACUACGACCAAGACUAGUAGGGUGACAUUCUGGUCCCUACCUCGCGAAAUUCGCGAUAUGAUAUGGAACGAGCUCAUCGCAGAAGACGACAUCUUUGUAGCCAAUAUAUCCUGUAAAUGCCGAUGCGACAUUCCAGGCAUCCAGGAGCAUGUCCGUAAGAGAGACGACUUGGUAUCUAAGUACCCAUUUGGACAACCCAGAAGGGGGAUCGUUUAUAAUACUAUGCUCUUCAGCUGCCAACCGCCGCUCUUGGCCCAUAUCUGUUACGAAUCCCGCGAGUAUGCGCGGAGACGGUACGAGUCGGCGUAUGGAAAGGUGCAUGCAAGGUUCCAUUUUUGUCCGGAGGGUGCUGAACUGUUCGCGAAGAUGGAAGGGAGGCUGCAGUGGCUUUCUAGGAAGGUUGUACGGUAUAUGUGCUUUGACCCCCCGGAAGACGACACCGACGACGACGAGGAGGGAGAGGACGACGACAACAACAUCUCACACGCGCCAUCUGAAGAGAGCAGCAAUCUAGAGGCACCACUGGGGCAGGAUAACGGCCAAGAGUUGCCUCUUCUGAAUAACGUCAAUUCAGAGAUGGACUUUGGAGAGGAUAAUCGCCUGGCCGCUAUCCUGCGAAAAAAUCUCCGUAUCCUCAAGAAAACUCCUCUUGGAGAGGAUGAUGUUCUGCUUCUUUGCUGUUACCAAGCGAUGAGCGCCUCAGUCACCUUGACCUACAAGCUUCCUACCUCUAGCUAGGUCAUACCAACUUGAUCAAAUGGCGCCAAAGUGGUUGCAUAGCUCUCCCCAACCUAGGUACCUGAAGGCUUUAACAAGAUUCAAAGCUAAAUGUGCUGAAAAAACGGUCAUCCGCCAGGGUUGGACAAGUCAGAUGAGGGAUUUUUCAUGGUAAAAUUAUAUGACCCGGAUCAUUAAAGUCUUAUUCGUACUAUCUAGCGUCACUUACAAUAACAGCAACUGAGGUUGUGC